GAAGGGCGGGAAAAGAAAAAGGUGGGAGGAGAGCCAGGUGGGAGGGUGGCGACUCACUCAGGACCCAGUGGGGGCAGCGCGAUGAGGCGGGUGACCCUGUUCCUUAACGGCAGCCCCAAGAAUGGAAAGGUGGUCGCUGUAUAUGGAACUUUAUCUGAUUUGCUUUCUGUGGCCAGCAAUAAACUCGGCAUAAAAGCCACCAGUGUGUAUAAUGGGAAAGGUGGACUGAUUGAUGAUAUUGCUUUGAUCAGGGAUGAUGAUGUUUUGUUUGUGUGUGAAGGAGAACCAUUUAUUGACCCUCAGACAGAUUCUAAAGUACCGGAAGUGUUGUCAGGAUCUCACACAGACUGGCUAACAUUAAAUGUUGGAGGGCGGUACUUUACAACCACACGGAGCACUUUAGUGAAUAAAGAACCUGACAGUAUGCUGGCCCACAUGUUUAAGGACAAAGGUGUGUGGGGAAAUAAGCAAGAUCAUAGAGGAGCUUUCUUAAUUGACCGAAGUCCUGAGUACUUUGAACCCAUUUUGAACUACUUGCGUCACGGACAGCUCAUUGUAAACGAUGGGAUUAAUUUGUUGGGUGUGUUAGAAGAAGCAAGAUUUUUUGGUAUUGACUCAUUGAUUGAACACCUAGAAGUGGCAAUAAAGAAUUCUCAACCACCAGAAGAUCAUUCACCAAUAUCUCGAAAGGAAUUUGUGCGAUUUCUGCUAGCCACUCCAACCAAAUCAGAAUUGCGUUGCCAGGGUUUAAACUUCAGUGGUGCUGACCUUUCUCGUUUGGACCUUCGAUACAUUAACUUCAAAAUGGCCAAUUUAAGCCGCUGCAAUCUUGCCCACGCUAAUCUCUGCUGUGCAAAUCUUGAACGAGCUGACCUCUCUGGAUCAGUGCUUGACUGUGCAAAUCUCCAGGGAGUCAAGAUGCUCUGUUCUAAUGCAGAAGGAGCAUCCCUGAAACUGUGCAAUUUUGAAGAUCCUUCUGGUCUUAAAGCCAAUUUAGAAGGUGCUAAUCUGAAAGGUGUGGAUAUGGAAGGAAGUCAAAUGACAGGAAUUAACCUGAGAGUUGCUACCUUAAAAAACGCAAAGUUGAAGAACUGUAACCUCAGAGGAGCGACUCUGGCAGGAACUGAUUUGGAGAACUGCGACCUGUCUGGGUGUGACCUUCAAGAAGCCAACCUGAGGGGUUCCAACGUGAAGGGCGCCAUCUUUGAAGAGAUGCUGACACCACUCCAUAUGUCACAAAGCGUCAGAUGAGAAUCCUGGGGAUGGAGGAAGAUGCCGAAGACGAGAAAUGCUCUCCGUAUCACUUUUCUUUCUCCACCCACUCAGCUGUCUGGAAGAAAUAACACUGGAAGGGAAUUAAAAAAAAAAACAAGGAGAGGAUUAUGCUUGUUCUCAGAGGUGCAUAAGGGGAAAAAGUGACUUUUUUCCCACAUUCUGAUUUUAACAGAGAAGCACUCAUUUAGUAGAUGUAGGGAAGCUAGAUUAGAUUGCUGCCUUUUGAGUGGAGUUAGGGGGAUUUGCCUGGCUUUGUGACCAGGAAUAGUAUCUAUUAUAUUUGCUUUUCAAUAGGCAUGAUGUGGAAAUACCAUCUUGGUUUGAAAUGCAUUUGAAGAUUUUAAUUUAUGAAAAGCACAACAUAUGCAAUUAUAUUUAUUGAAUCUUUAGAUGCAGUAUGGAUAUUUAAAUUGUUAAACUUUAUGACAAUUUUGAAAAGGUUGUUCAGGUUUAUAAAUAUCAGUAGCUUUAGUGAUGCCUCCCCUACUUUAAAUACCUGUCACACCAUGUGAAUAUGGUGAGAUCAGACUCCCCAAGGCUUUCAGGUUCAUUUUUUUUUCUUUAAGAACAAAACAUUAGCUAAAUUAAAGAAAUCCUCUGUUACUGAUUGAGACAGAGUGGAAGGCAAGAGAUAUUGUUGUCCAUCAUUGUCAGCUUAAGUAACAGUGGAACUUUCCAAAUGGAGGAAGGAUUUACUUACAGCUACAACUUUUGAAUGAGCAUUCCUUAGGAUUUCAUUCUUAGCAAGUUCCACUCAACGCCAGACCAGGCAAUUUUAUCUGUUUACACUGCUAGCCUGGUUUCCUCCUGUAGAGUCAAAACAAGCAUAGGAAAAUAGUUCUGAACCAAAAAAACCAAGGUGCAUAAUUAACGUUCAUUUAAUUCAAAUGCUAAAUAGUUUAAACAGGGCCAGCUCGGAAAUAAAUAGGUAUUAAAUCCCAAUCCACUGCGAUCAGCUAUAAAAUACGAAUGAAUAUGGUAAAUUCAUCUUUUAGAAGUCAACAUAAUAUAAUUGCAGCUCAAAACCCUACAACGGGGAAUGAGGACUUUUAAACUGACAGUUUGACUAUAGCUAUCAACAAACUUAAAUGAAAAUAAAGGCAUUUGACUGGUCCAAGAUGUAAUACCAAUAAGUCAGCACCUGUGGUUCUUAUAUUUCUGGUUUCUUUUGUUUUAAUAAAUUUUAGCCUGGCUUUUUUGAGUCAUUAUCUCUGCAGCAGCAGGGGCAGGGCCUGUACUUCCUUACCAGUAACCGGUGUCCUAUGUCUACCCCAAGAGCAGGGAUGUUAAGCUGUGUCCAUAUGGGUUCUGAAUUCUGCAGACUCAUCGGUUUGAGGCAAGGAAUCAUUAAAAACCACUUUGUCUCCUUUGGGAGAAUGACAUGUCUUCAAUAUUUACGUAGCUUAUUCUUCUAUAUAAACAUAUGCAAAGCUUUCCUUAACAGUAAAGGGUAUAUAUGCAUAGUGGGAGGAGGUCAGACCUUUACAGGUGAAGGAAAGCAACUUCAGAAAUGAAUUAUUUUCUUUGCUUUAUUAUUUUUACCAAGACAGAGAAGUAUUGUAUUGAGAGAUAUCUAUUUUCGUAAUCAAUAUGUGCCUAAAUUAUAUUUAAAUCAUUUCACUCUGUACUAUAUUUUCAAUAAUUAUAGAAUGUGUUGUUCAUCCACUUAAGGGUACAUCUGUAGACAUAACCUAAGACUGCAGAAGAAUCUGAAAGAUCCAAACACAGUAUGCUUAGAAAAUGCAGGUUUUGGAUCUAAUGUAUACUGCAUUAAUAAACGA